CGACAACAUCUCCACGUGAUGGAAUAUGAUGUCACACACUAUUGGUGAAAAGUUUGCAUUUUAUUUCAACUGAUCAUUCAAAUAUUUUUCUUAGUAAGCUUACGGUUAUUUAUAUAAAUUAAAAAUGCAUCGUGCAUACCAACCAAUUACUCCCGCAAAUAACAAACUGCUGAAGAAACGAUGGGAUCAACUCAGAUUUGACACACAUAGAAGAAAGGUUACGUCAGCACAAGCUGUUAUUGACAACAAACCACCAAAGACAUACAUGCACUUACAUUUAAAAUUGAAGAAAUUACAGAUGGAGGAAGAGAGAUUAGCCACUGUGGAAAGAGAUAACCGCAUCCUACUUGAGAAAAUGUCAUUCAUAAUGAGAACAAGGGGCAGGGUGGAUAACAAGAAUGAUUAUGAACAUAAAAGCUUGAACAAAACUGCUCGCCAGAGGGAGCUACUGAGAGUAACCCAUGAGAACCAAGCUAUUUUGAAGCGUAUUUCAUCCAAGGAGCCACAUUACAACCACAUGCAGUGGGAAGAUGAAUGGAAGGUGAACCAGAAGUAUAUGAUGUACAUUGCUAAUUACCCAGUUGAUUGGAAAAACAAGAAAAAGACCAAGAAAACAACUUAACCUUAAUUUAGUGACUGAAUCGUGUAAUAUAAAUACUAGUAAACAGCUUUGAGAGUUUGAAAUAUAUUUAUUGCAAUAAAAAUACCAAGAAAUCAAUCAUGGAAUGAUGUUUGUGAGACUAUAAAUAUAAUACAAUCGCUUAAGAAUAAUUUUUUAAUAAUUAAUACAUAAUAGCGAUUAUCCAAUAUAUGUUGAGAAAUUAGUGAUUGCAGUUACUAUAACAGCAAUAUGUCGGAACUUGAACAUUUCCAUUAAACAUCAGUUGUUUUGAAAAAGCAUCUACAUUCUCAGGUCACAUAACUGAACAAGCAAAAUAAUGUUUUUUGCUUUUUAUUUUACAAAAAUGUAUACUAUACAUAUAAUGCAGGAGAUUUUACUAUUUAAUUUAUAUGUUUACAAAUAAAAAAUAAAAAUCUACUUCUCAAACUUAAA